GGCUGCAGGGAAUGCGUGAAUGGUCCGGUUCGUUUUACCUCCAUUUUUCUUGCGCCCUGACUUCAAUAGAGAAGUUUCUUUUCUUAUGUGCUUCAUACUUUUCGGUAUAGCUUUUCACCAUUCGAUUUGGAUUUCAGUGUAACCCCAUUUCUGAAGCAACAUGGAAGGGAAAUAUACAGACAAGGCCAAGAUGAACGAAGGGUAUGAUGGUCCGUCCACAUCGACAUCGCCUCCAUCAGGUAGUGAUCGUCCAUCGAAAUCGGACGAUGAUGUAGUCAACGUGGACACGCAUGUCAAGGAAGCUAGUAACGACAUCGUUUACGAUGGCGACCUCGAGAAAGGCGAAGGGAAUUCUCGAGUUUGUUACGUGUGUCGUAUCGUCAGUGUUCUGGCGUGCAUUGCCAUCUCAGUCUUCAUGGUCGUCUGGUUCUCGGCAAUCGAAGCUGGCCUCACUCGCACUCCAUCAGUGGAAAUGUCGCCCCCAGACAAUCCUUAACUGGUCAGCAUGUAUCAUCUAUACGUCAUUGCAACAGAUACCUUAUACCACUCAUCUGUACCUGUCGCAGACAUCAUGGCAAUAGUGGCGUGCAUAGUACACCAGUAACCGUGCAUAUUAAUGGAAAAGAAAAACUAAUUAUUAUAUUCAGUUGGUUUGAUAAUUAAUUGACUGACUAAUCAAUCAACUGAUCGAUUGAUCGAUGGACCGGCCCAUUAUUGCAAAUUAUGAUGUGGAUGUAGACGUUUGUCCGAGAGUCUGCUUGAUUUUUUUUGUUACAUAAGUUUUGUUUUUCUGUCCAGGGAUUUAUUAAUUUAUGGUUUAAAUAACCAACUUUUCAUUUAAUUGAUUGGUAGAUUGAUAUACUGAUUGGUUGAUUGGCCAGUUUUAGGCUACUUGGUUAAAUUGAUUCAUUGAUUGAUUGUAUUGAUUGAUUGAUUAAUCGGACCGGCUUAGAACUUGAUUAAUCAGACCACUCACGAGUUUAUUGACGGGUUUUAUUGACUGAUUGAUUCAUUGAAGAAGAUGGUCAGGUUGAUGAACGCAUUAGUCCAUGACCUCGUUAAUUUAUAUGCAUAUAACCUGAUUAGACAAUGAUAAACGAACUUAUGCAUGUAAAUGGUAUACGAAAAAGCACAAAGCCGGUAUAGACUUGAUAGCAAGGACUUUCGAAAAAAUUAGCCCUAUUGUAAUUUCAAUACCCUAUAGCCUUAUCCCAUAGAUAUCAUAUUCAGAUUACGUAAUACUUAACGCACAUUUCAAGAGGUUAUGGGCAAGGCUUUUGAAAUUGUGUUUGUAGUAUAGGCCUAUCAGCAUAUUACCUUUUUACUGUCAUCAUUGUUGUUUUGUAAGAGGAGAUCAUUCUCAAAUAGAUCUCUGCUACACAAUGGAUACACCUUGGUUAGGUAUUGUUUGAUUUUAUUGUUCUGCAUGAAAAACAUAUAUUCAUAUACACAUAUGAACAUAAAGACGGCUGAUUGCUCUAUUCAGAGCCAAAGAUUUGAUGACUCUGUUCUUCUCAGAGGUCAAGUGUCCACUAUAGUAUAUUUGUAAAGCGCUUAGAGACAUUUUUAUCAAACGCUAUAUAAAAAUUAAAUAUUAUUAUUAUUAUUAUGUGCAGUAAUCAACAAGGUGAUUACUGUCACUCAUGAAGAAGAAGAGGCAUGGAUUAAUGAUCGACAUUUCUAAUCAUGAGUGAAAAAGAGAAAGAAAAAAAUGAAGAAAUGGGCUUGGUUAAAAAAAAGAAGAUAGAUGUAGAGAAAUAUAAGCAUGAUAAGACACCCUUAAUUUAUUUAAUAAAUAUGAAAGAAGCUCUGUAUUUUCGAAUUUAUUUCUUUGUUCGCAAUUAGUAGACCUAUUACCUGUUUCGGUUAGCUCUGUAUCUCCUAUACACUGAUAGUUCUUUGCCUUUGAAAAACACUAUGUUCAUGGUUCGUUGAUCAGCAGCCUUUCGGGGGCAGUCAUGAAUAUCGUCCAAUUGUCGUUGCGUUCCCGUAGAUCUUUUUAUAA